AUGAAGAAGUUCUUCGCCACUCAACCAAAGGGCGUGUACCCCGGCAAUGGCCCGGACGCAAAAAUGGAGGAGGCUCACGCCAUCCUCAUCGUGGGUUAUAACAAUGAGGAGGGCUACUGGAUCUGCCGCAACUCAUGGGGAACCCAGUUUGCAGACAACGGGUUCUUCAAGGUCAAAUUUGGCGUUUGUGGCAUUGCCAUGCCCGGCGAGACCUACGGCCUGGUGUUCAUUCCGUCAGCUGCGCCGCCUGUGCCAUCGCUCACGCCAAACCCUGCGCGGCCUGGCUGCUUCACCUUCAAGGCUGGGGCAGCGAAUUAUGCUGGCCAGAUCGCUGACAUGUACGGUGUGCCCCUCGCACAGCAGCCUCAGCAGCAGCAGCAGCAGCAGCAGCAGCAGCAGCAGCAGCAGCAGCAGCAGCAGCAACAGCCUCAGCAGCAGCAGCAGCAGCAGCAGGCGCCGGCAGCUGAGUCGCAGGGCACGGGACCAGCGUUCCUCCCGGGGGCUGUGGACGCGGCCCCAGCAACCGCCCCGCAGCCGGCCUCCACCGCACCCACGCCGCCUGCCGCGCCCGCCGCAGCCGCGGCGCCCGCCGCUUUGACGCCAUGGGGGGGUUACAAGUGA